GUGAAUGACUGUGCCAAGCAGCCGUGCCAGAACGGUGGUUCCUGUAGGGACCUUGAUGGAGACUUCAACUGCCGCUGUCCGUCCCCCUACGUGGGCAAGCACUGCCAACUGCGUGAGUACCAUUCUCUCACACACACACACACACACACACACUGGCUUUCUAUUAGCCUUCAUCUGCCAUGUUAUUUCUAAGUGCAAUCAAAUGCAUUAGGCUGAAAUGUGAUUUAAGAAACACAUUCAUGUAACAUAGCUAAUGUAAUUUGGGGGCCGUCCAACGCUGGCCCAGGGUUUUUGUUAUUAUGAGAUAUUGGUGUUCUUAAGUAAAGGAGUUUGGGUGCUUUAGAUAGACGGUCAAUAUGUUUCUGUGAGCCUGAAUCAUGGCCGGGUAGGACAGCGGUGGGAGAUACUGUAGUUCAGUCAGUGGACUACGCAUGGGUUGGAAGCAGUCUGCCAGAUUUGUGGGGCGUGUAUGUGUACAUACUGUAUGAAAUAAACCAGACAAUUUUCACCACACAUUACCUGUUAGGUUCUCCUUCCAUUGCGUCUGAGCGCGUCUGUUGAUCUGUCUUGUCUGUGCGUUUUUCUUCCCUAUGUCUGUUCCUCAGGAUGUAUCUCUCUGUUGGGAAUGGAGGGCGGAGGCAUUGCUGAGUCUCAAAUCUUGGCCUCGUCGGUGCGCUACGGAUUCCUGGGCCUACAGCGCUGGGGGUCCGAGCUGGCACGCCUCAACAACAAGGGCCUGGUUAAUGCCUGGACCUCAGCCUCCUACGACAGGAACCCCUGGAUAGAGGUCAGUACAGUACAACAGUCUGGCUCAAACACCACUGUCUGGCUCGUGUUCUUCAGGCAUGAAAACUGACUGAAACCAAGAGACUACCUGGACUUGUCUAAUGACAGAGGCUUUUUUUCUGCUUUGCAAAAUAAACUGCUGCAGUUCCUAAUGAACAUGACCCUGAUCUCUCUCCCUUAUCUACUGAUCUAGUCUAGGAGGGUAUCUCCAUAGUAAAGUCUCUCUCCCUUAUCUACUGAUCUAGGUGAAACGUCAUUAUGGGGGAGAGGUGAAACGUCAUUAUGGGGGAGAGGUGAAACGUCAUUAUGGGGGAGAGGUGAAACGUCAUUAUGGGGGAGAGGUGAAACGUCAUUAUGGGGGAGAGGUGAAACGUCAUUAUGGGGGAGAGGUGAAACGUCAUUAUGGGGGAGAGGUGAAACGUCAUUAUGGGGGAGAGGUGAAACGUCAUUAUGGGGGAGAGGUGAAACGUCAUUAUGGGGGAGAGGUGAAACGUCAUUAUGGGGGAGAGGUCAAAGCAAUAUAUUGUGGCUGCCUACAAGGGAAUUACUUUCACCUGUCAGUUAUUUCAUAUCAGUGCAGAUAAAACUGCAACUAGGACAUACGCUGCUCAAAAAAAUUAAGGAAACACUAAAAUAACACAUCCUAGAUCUGAAUGAAUGAAAUAAUCUUAUUAAAUACUUUUUUCUUUACAUAGUUGAAUGUGCUGACAACAAAAUCACACAAAAAUUAUCAAUGGAAAUCAAAUUUAUCAACCCAUGGAGGUCUGGAUUUGGAGUCACCCUCAAAAUUAAAGUGGAAAACCACACUACAGGCUGAUCCAACUUUGAUGUAAUGUCCUUAAAACAAGUCAAAAUGAGGCUCAGUAUUGUGUGUGGCCUCCACGUGCCUGUAUGACCUCCCUACAACGCCUGGGCAUGCUCCUGAUGAGGUGGCGGAUGGUCUCCUGAGGGAUCUCCUCCCAGACCUGGACUAAAGCAUCCGCCAACUCCUGGACAGUCUGUGGUGCAACGUGGCGUUGGUGGAUGGAGCGAGACAUGAUGUCCCAGAUGUGCUCAAUUGGAUUCAGGUCUGGGGAACGGGCGGGCCAGUCCAUAGCAUCAAUGCCUUCCUCUUGCAGGAACUGCUAACACACUCCAGCCACAUGAGGUCUAGCAUUGUCUUGCAUUAGGAGGAACCCAGGACCAACCGCACCAGCAUAUGGUCUCACGAGGGGUCUGAGGAGCUCAUCUCGGUACCUAAUGGCAGUCAGGCUACCUCUGGCGAGCACAUGGAGGGCUGUGCGGCCCCCCAAAGAAAUGCCACCCCACACCAUGACUGACCCACCGCCAAACCGGUCAUGCUGGAGGAUGUUGCAGGCAGCAGAACGUUCUCCACGGCGUCUCCAGUCUCUGUCACGUCUGUCACGUGCUCAGUGUGAACCUGCUUUCAUCUGUGAAGAGCACAGGGCGCCAGUGGCGAAUUUGCCAAUCUUUGUGUUCUCUGGCAAAUGCCAAACGUCCUGCACGGUGUUGGGCUGUAAGCACAACCCCCACCUGUGGACGUCGGGCCCUCAUACCACCCUCAUGGAGUCUGUUUCUGACCGUUUGAGCAGACACAUGCACAUUUGUGGCCUGCUGGAAGUCAUUUUGCAGGGCUCUGGCAGUGCUCCUCCUGCUCCUACUUGCACAAAGGCGGAGGUAGCAGUCCUGCUGCUGGGUUGUUGCCCUCCUACGGCCUCCUCCACGUCUCCUGAUGUACUGGCCUGUCUCCUGGUAGCGCCUCCAUGCUCUGGACACUACGCUGACAGACACAGCAUACCUUCUUGCCACAGCUCGCAUUGAUGUGCCAUCCUGGAUGAGCUGCACUACCUGAGCCACUUGUGUGGGUUGUAGACUCCGUCUCAUGCUACCACUAGAGUGAAAGCACCGCCAGCAUUCAAAAGUGACCAAAACAUCAGCCAGGAAGCAUAGGAACUGAGAAGUGGUCUGUGGUCACCACCUGCAAAACCAGUCCUUUAUUGGGGGUGUGUUGCUAAUUGCCUAUAAUUUCCACCUGUUGUCUAUUCCAUUUGCACAACAGCAUGUGAAAUGUAUUGUCAAUCAGUGUUGCUUCCUAAGUGGACAGUUUGAUUUCACAGAAGUGUGAUUGAUUUGGAGUUACAUUGUGUUGUUUAAGUGUUCCCUUUUAUUUUUUUGAGCAGUGUACUUUAAUUCUGACAAAUGUGUUUUAUUCUCAAGACUCUCCUCAUUGCAUUGAUUAAUGUUGUCGGCGUGGACCUUUUUUACAUACAGAUUGAAGGUUGUCAUCUCCCUCCAUGUGCAGUGAAGGUUUCAUGACUCUAGGACCAAUCAGUCAUUCGAGACAUUCACUUUAAUGUUGACUCGUAUAUGGUAGCAGAUCUGAAAGUAAACCAUGUUGACUAGAACAUAGUUGCAGAUCUGAAAUUAAACCGUGUGUGUUGUCCUUUGUGCAGAUUAACAUGCAGAGGAAGAUGCGUUUCACGGGCAUCGUGACGCAGGGCGCCAGCCGCAUGGGGUCAGCAGAGUUCAUCAAGGCCUUUAAAGUGGCGUCCAGUCUGGACGGGAGGACCUACACUAUGUACCGCCUGGACGGGCAGACAAAGGACUCUGUGAGUGAAAACACACACACACACAUCCUCUGAUGUACACACACACACAUCCUCUGUACACACACACACAUCCUCUGAUGUACACACACACACACAAACACACACACACCCCCACACACACACACAUCCUCUGAUGUACUCACACACACACAUCCUCUGAUGUACUCACACUCACACACACACAUCCUCUGAUGUACUCACACACACACACACACAUCCUCUGAUGUACUCACACACACACACACAUCCUCUGAUACAUACUCACACAUCCUCUGAUGUACACACACACACACACAUCCUCUGAUGUACACACAUCCUCUGAUGUACACACACUCUCACACACACACACACACAUCCUCUGAUGUACACACACACACACAUCCUCUGAUGUACACACAUCCUCUGAUGUACACACACUCUCACACACACUCUCACACACACACUCAUCCUCUGAUGUACACACACACAUCCUCUGAUGUACACACACACACACAUCCUCUGAUGUACACACACUCACACACACACACACACACACACAUCCUCUGAUGUACACACACACACACACGUACACACACACACAUCCUCUGAUGUACACACACACACUAUGGCUGAUUUGAUCAUCUUCUACAUUUUUUGAGUGUUCUAUUUAGGGUCUAGGGCAGGGGUCUUCAACUCUUACCCUGCGAGGUCCGGAGCCUGCUGGGUUUCUGUUCUACCUGAUAAUGAAUUGCUCCCACCUGGUGUCCCAGGUCUAAAUCAGUCCCUGAUUACAGGGAAAGAAUGAACAUCAGCAGUGGAACUGGCUUCAAGGUCCAGAGUUGAGUUAGAGGGGAAUAGGGUGCCUGGAUAUUAAUGAAAGGCGUGGAUUUGUUGUGGGUGGUGAACUGUGCCUUUUACGGUUUCCCCCUGGGGCCACCCGAAUGAAAAAUGUAAACACGCAUGACUGUAAGUCACUUUAGAUCAAAUAUAAUAUUCUUAAUUUCUUCUACUUCUCCAGGUGUUUGUGGGGAACGUGGACAACGACGGCACCAAGACCAACCUGUUUGACCCUCCCAUCAUCAGCCAGUACUUCCGCAUCAUCCCCGUGGUCUGCCGCAAGGCCUGCACCCUACGCAUGGAGCUGGUGGGCUGUGAGCUCAAUGGUAAACACACACACACACACACACACACACACACACACACACACACACACACACACACACACACACACACACACACACACACACACGUGCAUGCUUACUUACGCAUGCGCGCACACCGAUAACAACGUCAACAAACUCAAACUGAAUGGGGUUUGGUUUCAGUGUGUCGUAUGGUUAUAUGGUACAGGAGGUUUUGAGUUUUACCGGAAGGUUUUUGGUUUAGGUCUGACUGAAAUGAUACGGAAGGUUUUUGGUUUAGGUCUGACUGAAAUGAUAAUGAAGGUUUUUGGUUUAGGUCUGACUGAAAUGAUAAUGAAGGUUUUUGGUUUAGGUCUGACUGAAAUGACACUGUGGGAAAUAAGUCUGAUCCAGUCCGACUCACUACCUGUCCAGAUGCUCAUACAUACUGCCCACUUUGCAUCAGUCCUGUCUGGUUGAGAAAAGAAAACAUCCAAAAAGUGAUUUAUCUACACCAUAUGGACAUUUUUGCGGUGGAAACAUUGGCAACGAGAUCUAUGGUGUAAAUAAAUCUGUUUUUUGGGGAUUGUAACCAAGUCAUAUUGAUCAUCACAGACUUUUAUCCAUGCAAGUAGUAGAUAUAUUUUGGACUGCCUUUAUGUCCUCUCUGCUGCAACAACUUUCUGUAUAAAGUUUCUGUACUUUAUUUGUUGGAUCAUGAUGCCAUGGGUUCUCUGGCAUGGUUUAAUUUAGCUAAGUGAAACUGAUGUGUGUCUGUGUGUUUUUAAAAGUAGUCAGAAAUAAUUGAUCCAUCUUUGAUUGACUGUCUGUCAAAGCAUGCUAUGCUGUGCUGGUUGUGCUUGGUUACGGCGUUUCCACCUGUACCUCGUACUGCACUCACACAUGCAUGCUACAAAAAACAUCCUGCAACACACACUAAGCGAAGUGCAGGCUCAAUGUUUUGCCCAACAUACAGUAAAUGUGACUCGGUCGACAAUCUUGGGCACGCAUGAUGCUGGUCCUACUGUAGCUCAGUUGGUAGAGCAUGGCGCUUGCAACGCCAGGGUUGUGGGUUCGUUUCCCACGGUGGGGGCCAGUAUGAAAAAUGUAUGCACUCACUAACUGUAAGUCGCUCUGAAUAAGAGCGUCUGCUAAAUGACUAACAUGUAAAAUGUAGACGUGCGCGUACGACUCACUGACGUCUCAGUCCAACUAACCUACAUGCUCCACUAGUUGGCUGCCGUAUGUUGUCCGUCUCUCUCUGUCUACACCAGCAUUUUCCAAACUCGGUCCUGGGGACCCCAAGAGGUGCACGUUUUUAGUUUUGAUUAUUUGAAUCAGCUGUGUAGUGCUAGGGCAAAAACCAAAACAUGCACCCAUUGGGGUCCCCAGGACCAAGUUCAGUAAACUCUGGUGCACACCUUCAUCAGAGCCGCAACAUGGGCUGUUCAGAGUUCAGCCCAACUCAGUUUGAAAUGUAGCAUUUAAAUGGCCGCCAAAAGCUCCAAGACAAUUGCAUUCUAUCAUCAGAGAGCCAACCUGGAAGAUAGGUUGGCCAAACUCUAUUCCCUAUGGCUGUACCGUCACUACUCCGUCCACCUCACCACAACUCUGGUCAUUACUGGCUGUCAUCAUCCAUGUGCUUUCACUGUGCUGCUCACCGGCUGGCUGGCUUGGGCCUUUCCUGUCCGUCUCUUGUCUAUCAUACUUCUCUCUCUUUCCCUGCUGGUGCUUGUUGUCUCACUUCACAGUUUAUUCAAACACGGCAGGUUGCUCCGAGCCCCUGGGCAUGAAGUCGCGCCUGCUCGCCGACCGCCAGAUCUCGGCCUCCAGCGUCCACCGCACCUGGGGUAUGGAGGCGUUCACCUGGCAGCCUCACUACGCUCGGCUGGACAAGCAGGGCAAGACCAACGCCUGGACGGCGGACACCACCAAACGCUCUGAGUGGCUGCAGGUAACUGCAAGAGGUUCAGAGGGGAUUUUGGGAAAUGGUGUGGGUGGUGGGGUCACUUAGUGGGCGGCAGGUAUCCUAGCGGUUAGCGCAUUGGGCCAGUAUCCAAAAGUUUGCUGGUUAGAAUACCCGAGCCAACAAGGUGAAAAAUCUGUUGUUGUGCCCCUUGAGCAAGGCACUUAACCCUAAUUUACUCCAGGGGUGCCGUACUACUAUGUCUGACCCUGUAAAACUAGACGUUUCACUGCACCUAUCUGGUGUGUGACAAUAAAACAUCUAUUUGAAUUUUUGAGGGGGCUAUAGCUGAGGGAGAUUUGUGUUGUUGGGGAAAGUUCUGGAAGAUUCUCUCUCACCGUUUUACUUUACCGACAAAUUACUGACAAUUUGUUUUGAACUUGAUUUAUCUAGGUUAGCCCAAGAUGCUCCAAGAUGCUUAUUAUUCAUGGUGGAACAGUGUAGUGGGGGAUACAGACAGACAAGUAACGGAGAUGUGUAGUUCGAAAUCGCCAGCGUUGCCACUAGAGCCCUCCUGUAGCUCAGUUGGUAGAGCAUGGUGCUUGCAAUGCCAGGGUUGUGGGUUCGAUUCCCACGGGGGGCCAGUAUGAAAAAUGUAUGCACUCACUUAACUGUAAGUCGCUCUGGAUAAGAUCGUCUGCUAAAUGACUAAAAUGUAAAUGUAGAGCAGACUCCGGCACCCAACCCUCCGUCUGGAACAGGUAGACCUGGAGUCCUGCUUGUUCUGACCCAUUCUCCUUCUGGAACAGGUAGACCUGGAGUCCUGCUUGUUCUGACCCAUUCUCCUUCUGUAACAGGUAGACCUGGAGUCCUGCUUGUUCUGACCCAUUCUCCUUCUGUAACAGGUAGACCUGGAGUCCUGCUUGUUCUGACCCAUUCUCCUUCUGUAACAGGUAGACCUGGAGUCCUGCUUGUUCUGACCCAUUCUCCUUCUGUAACAGGUAGACCUGGAGUCCCCCAAGAGAAUCACAGGUAUUAUAACCCAGGGGGCCAAGGACUUUGGGGCGGUCCAGUUUGUCUCUGCCUUCAAGGUGGCCUACAGUGACGAUGGACAGUUCUGGAGCAUAGUCAAGGACGAUGUCACCAGCACAGACAAGGUCGGUUUUUUGCAUCUUGCAUCCAAAGAAGUGAGCCCAAGAUGAAUUUACCCAAUGUGUGGCUGUGUAGGAAUAUGGACCAAAUUAAAGCUAUUAAAUUAAGUUUUUUCUUUCCCAAUUGUAAUUUACUCCUUUUUUAUUUUUUUACACAAUAAACAGAACCUCAAACAACCGUUGCCAUGAGAUAUGUGUCAUAGAUUUCACGAUGUUCUAUAGAUUCCAUGAUGGAUGUUCAGUCUAACCAGCUAGCUAGCUAACUAACUCCCGUGUGUCUCUGCGUGUGAUUCUGCUCCCCAACCUCCAGAUCUUCCCGGGCAACAGCGACAACAAUGUCCACAAGAAGAACCUGUUCGAGCCGCCCUUCUACGCCCGAUUCGUCCGCAUCCUGCCGUGGGCAUGGCACGGGCGCAUCACCUUGCGAAUGGAGCUGCUGGGCUGCGACGAGUAG